CCUUCAUUCUCCAUCGCUUUUCGCUCCUCUGGAUACAAUUUUCUUUUCCUUUCGCCUUUCCCGAGAACCAAACGGAUUUGUAAAAAGCUUCACUCUUUCUUUGUCACCAGUUUAUUUAUGGAUCUCUGUUUGUGUAUCUUUGUGAAGAUUAGCGGGUUUAUCAUUGAUUGGGUUUGCGAGGAGAAGUAGACAAUGUCGAGGAGACAAGUGGGGUCCACCAGGCGCAAUGGGACCUUUUCCUUAUCAGGAGCCUUCCAUUCUAAAUCAAGAUCUUCACCUUUGUUAUCUAUAGGGCUAGUCGUUGUGGGGGCGAUCCUUCUAACCGGCUAUGCUUAUAGUGGCUCAGGUGGUUCCAGAGGUGAAAAGGCAGUUAGUGGGGUUGAAGGUGACUAUUCGUGCACAUUAGAAGUUCAGAGAGCAAUACCUGUUCUAAAGAAAGCAUAUGGUGACAGUAUGCGCAAAGUUUUGCAUGUUGGCCCCGAUAGUUGUUCAGUUGUCUCCUCAUUGCUAAAAGAAGAGGAAACUGAGGCGUGGGGUGUGGAACCAUAUGACAUAGAGGAUGCUGAUGCCCGGUGCAAGAGUCUUGUGCAGAAAGGCAUUGUUCGCGUGGCUGAUAUCAAGUUCCCCUUGCCCUAUAGAUCAAAGUCCUUUUCUCUUGUUAUUGUGUCCGAUGCUUUGGAUUACCUAUCUCCAAAAUAUUUGAACAAGACUCUUCCAGAAUUGGCCAGGGUAUCGGCCGAUGCUGUUGUAAUUUUUGCAGGUUACCCUGAUAAACAGAGAGCUAAACUUCCUGAAUUAUCCAAAUUUGGGCGCCCUGCCAAAAUGCGGAGCUCAUCUUGGUGGAUUCGAUUUUUUGUCCAAACCAGCUUAGAAGAAAAUGAUGCUGCCAUCAGGAAGUUUGAGCCGGCUGCAUCCAAGAGGUCAUACCAACCGAGCUGUCAAUUGUUCCAUCUCAAGUCCUACAAUUAAUAUCAGAAUCACGAAAUUUUAAUUCCUUCACUAUUUUUUUCAUGCGACAAGGCCACAAGAAAAAUGGGAAAAGGUUAACCUGGCAUAUAAAAUGUACUCUGCUAGGUCGGUAUGUUUGCUACAAGAAAAGUUAAAAAGGAUAUGAACGAUUGACCCCUCUGUCAACCUUAUAGUCGAUGUUUACUUGAUUUUGAUGAUGGAAAAUAUAGGCUGAAAUGUAUUACGCUUUAAAUUAUAUUUUACAUGACAUGAAUUUGGUUUUCCUGUUACUGUGCAUUGCUUUACGCACUUGCGUUUCGCACUUUGUUAUAUGGUAACAUAAAUUUGCUAAACACUUUCUUGGGCAUGUCUGUUAAAUUUGCAAACCAGAUGGAUAAUAUGGAUAUAGUAAGGAUGGGGAAGGUAGAUGCACUUGUGC